AUGGCGUAACCCCAGAGUCACAGGAUACAGAGUAGGUGCCGCUAUUUCACAGUGUGUUUUCAGUUCAUGAUAGUCAUUGAAACAUUUCGGUCGCCCAAAAAGCCUCGUUCUGCGUUUGGUUGUAUUAAAAGAUCCCGUAAAGAGUCAGCUGUUCAGUUUAUCCGCAGCCCAGUCUCUUAGUGCCUCUUAAAUGGGCGUGUCAGGGUGUUCACCUACUUCACUGACCAAGGAGCCUUUGUUUGGAGAUAAGAGCCGUCAUUGUCUGAAUGACCUUGAGAGUUUGACUGAGACCAACCCAGCCACUGCUCAUUCCAAAGUUCCUCUUCUGCCCAAAGAGUGACAGACACUUUCUUACAUGAAGCUUAUGGAAAAAGGGAUUUCCUUACAGUAUAAAUGUGAUGUUUGAUACCAAAAAACAGCGACAAAAGGAGAAUUGGAGCGGUAAGACUUGCUAUUACACCCACAGUCACAAAAGGGAAAUGUUUGAUACCAAAAAACAGCGCCAAAAGGAGAAGUGGAGUGGCAAGGCUUGCUAUCACACCCACAGUCACAGAAGGGAAAUUGAAAAUCAACGGCUGCCCCACUGCUCCAAAACAUUGAGUCACCCUGGUGAUGAGGUUAUCCAGGGGUUGCAGCGAGGUCAUCCAAGCAGGCAAGAAGUCCCAGUCCCGCAGUCUGAUGGGCAAACAAUUGGGUCUGCGCACCUGGAGAAUGUUUACUGUUGCAACAAAUAUAAUCACCAUAAUGACUGGUAUGCCAACCCCGGCCAUCACCCUCCAGCCAGCCAUGGAGAGGGCAAACACCAGGGAUGGGAGCAGCAGAAAGCAGACGACACUGUCCCCAACGGAUUUGGAGUUUUAUCCAUCGUCUUCGUGGCUGACAUUCCCAGUCACCACUGCAUGGUUCCUGAAGUUGACCUGACUGAAGAUUGGCAAAAUGCUAUCAUACCAAUAGAGGUGGUGAACGGGAAACAGGAGCGGAGCCGAUGCAGCAGAUACAGGCUGGAUGUGGUCAGAAAUCUCUCUGCUCAGGGACUCAUUCCUGGCAUUGAUGUCAACCUCGCUGACCUGCAGCAGGAGGAAUGUGUGGAUGGAUGGACCUACAGCAAAGACAUCUACCAAUCCACCAUAGUCUCUGAGUAUGACCUGGUGUGCAGUGAGCAGUGGAAGCAGCCUUUCACCGCCACGCUUUACUUCCUAGGAGUUCUUGUUGGAUCCUUCUUCUCAGGACAGCUCUCAGAUCGAUUUGGAAGGAAGCCUGUAUUUUUCGCAACCAUGGCAGUUCAGACAAUUUUCACCUUUGUUCAAGUGUUCUCACCUUCAUGGACGGUGUUCUCCAUCUUCCUCUUCUUCAGUGGUUUGGGACAGAUCGCCAACUACAUUGCUGCUUUUGUGCUAGGUACAGAGAUCUUGACCGGCAAUGUGCGGGUCCUGUUCUCAUCAUUGGGUGUGUGUCUGUGUUUUGCCAUUGGCUACAUGAUGCUGCCACUCUUUGCUUACUUUUUAAGGGACUGGAAAUCUCUCCUGCUGGCUAUCGCUCUGUCUGGACUGCUCUACAUCCCUCUCUGGUGGUUCAUUCCAGAGUCUCCUCGGUGGCUGCUCUCUCAGGGAAAAGUGGAGCAGGCAGAGGCCAUACUGAGAAACGCUGCUAAGCAGAACAAAGUUGAGGCUCCUAAGGUCAUCUUUGAAUGUUGUGGUGAUGACGAGAAAAAGUCACUGUAUAAAAAAGAGAAACUCCACACUGCCUUUGACCUAUUAAGAACCAGCAACAUCAGAACCACAACACUGAUUCUCUGCCUGGUGUGGUUCACUCUGAGUACUGGCUAUUAUGGCCUGUCCCUGAACACAUCAAAACUAGGUGCUGAUGCCUAUAUCAGCUGUUUCAUCUCAGCGGCUGUAGAGGUGCCAGCAUACCUUUUCAGCUGGCUGGCACUGAAAUACUUUCCACGACGACUUUCCUCCUGUUGUACAGUGCUCCUGGGCGGAGUAUCCCUGUACUUCAUUCAGCUGGUGCCUGAAACUUUACCAGAGGUGUCUAUUACACUGGAGAUGCUGGGUAAAUGUGGCUUUGCCUGCGGUACAUCCAUGAUGUUUGCCUACACAGCAGAGCUUUACCCAACAGUACUUAGGAACACUGCAACAGGGACAUGUUCUAUGUUUUCCAGAGUGGGUGGCUGCUCUGCACCUUUUUUGAUACAGCUGAGUUCAUACUUUAAGUAUCUGCCUUAUAUUAUUUUGGGGACUCUGGCUGUUCUGUCUGCCUUUGCCACUCUCUUCCUACCAGAGAGUUUUGGACGACCUCUUCCUGAAACUGUUGACCAGAUGUAUAAGAGAGAGAGGGUGAAGUGUCCAUGCAUCACUGGGAAAGAAACACCAGAACCUGUGGUGCUUUCGGAAAGUCAACUGUAGCUUUAAAACAUUAAUUAAAUUAACAAGUUCUUAAUUUGGGGGGGAAGAUUAAAUUAAAAUGUGUACUAUUAAGACAAAAUAGGAAGAAUAAUUAAGAACAAAACAGAUGAAGAUACCUGUUCCUUAUAUUUAAGACAAUUUACCGAGAAAGUAAAGUUAUUUCCGAAAUGUAAAAGAGGAUUAAACUCCCAAUGCUGGCAGAACUGUGAAACUGUGAAAGUGCGCCAAUUGUUUAUAUAUUUUUUUUUAUUCGUGUAAAUCUUAAAGUAAAUUUUGGUCUGAAUUGUCUCAGUCUAUAGAGAAGGUUUUCAAUAGACCUUUGUAUUUAAAAGAAGAUGAUAUUAUACUUGGAAAACCAGCCAAAUGGAUUUAGUGAAGAUGAGAAUUAGAUUCCUGAAGAUCUCAGCAUUAAAGCAAAUCACAAGAGGGUGAAGAAAGACCACACCAUCAGACAUAAGAAGCUGGAAAGGUAUUAUUCAAGAAGUACAACUUAUGGAGAGUCUGACUCACAAAAGAAGACAUUUGGAGGAUGCAUUUGAAAAAAGAUGGACUUUCAGUGAUGUAAAAAAUGUAUUAUAUCAUGCAUAAAGAAUAAUAUAAUAAUAAUAAUAAUAAUAAUAAUACUAGGGAUGU